UAAAGUAAUAACGAAUAAUAAAUAAAACUUAAAAUAUGUUAACGUUGAAAUUGUUUAUUUUAUUUGUGGCAAUACACUGUGGAUUAUGUCAACCGAUAGCUACAACAAAUGUGGCUGAAACGGCCACUUUAGUGGAGGAUUAUCCUGCGGUGGCAACAGCACAAAACAAUUUGGAAACUGCUUCAGUUGAAACUCUACAAAAAAGUGAUUAUAAUGGUGAACGUUAUUCAAGACAUAUUGGAGGUGGUGGUGUAAUUGGUGGCGUAGGUGUUAUAGGAGGUGGUGGUUUUGCAGCUCCUGUAUACGCUCCUCCUCCAAUAUCGAUAGUAUCCAGUUAUCCAGUUAUAACACAAGUACCAGUUGUAACAACAAUACCAUCAUAUCCAGUCUAUGGUGAUUACGGAGGUGGUUAUGGCGGUGGUUAUGGUGGCGGUUAUGGCGGUGGAUUUGGAGGCUAUGGAGGUGGUUUUGGUGCUGGUUUUGGAGUGGCUAAAUUUAAAGUUAAAGGAUUUGGCAUAGGUGGUGGUUUCUUGGGUUAAACGAAGAUUUCAUAAAUUGAGAAUAAUAAAGAUUUUUACGUUGUUAUGUUAAA